AUGGACGUGGACAUAUUGAAAACUUCACCAAGUGACAGCAGCAUGGACAUGAUGGCAAUGAUGAUGCAAAUGGAAAAGUUCCCGGAAUUAUCUGAACCUUUUUAUAACUCUCUCACCUACCCUGAAAUUGAUUUCUCAGGUGGAAGCUUCACUAAUUCUAUUCCUGUUUUCUCAAACAUUAACCCAAAUGUAACCCCACCCACUUUGAUUAACACAUCACCAUCCUCUUCUAAUUUCGUUAACAAUGUUCCUCUACAACAACCCAUGACACCACCCCUUCAACCCAACGAGGUUGCUCCAACUACAGGGAGGCUCAACGCUUCAUUUUCCUACCCUUCAUCGGAGAAAAAGAAUUCUAUUGCAGCCAUGAGAGAAAUGAUUUUCCGAGUAGCAGUUAUGCAACCUAUUCAUAUAGACCCAGAAUCUGUCAAGCCACCGAAGAGACGCAAUGUGAAGAUUUCAAAGGAUCCGCAGAGUGUGGCAGCAAGACACAGAAGAGAAAGAAUAAGCGAGAGAAUAAGGAUCCUGCAGAGAUUAGUUCCUGGUGGGACGAAAAUGGACACGGCUUCCAUGUUAGAUGAAGCCAUACACUACGUGAAGUUCUUAAAGAAACAAGUUAAGACGCUGGAAGAAGCAGGGGCAAGUAGACCCUUAAAUGUUGUUGGAUUCCCAAGGGUGUCCAACGCCAAUGUCAAUUAUUCUGAUAUAUUGAAGGGUUGCCAACCUUGUCAAAUGGUGGGUUCUGCUUUUAAACAAAUGCUCAGUUGA